AUGUCAUCCGGCUCCCCGUCCGAAGGGGCUGGCUCCAAGUCUCCUCUCGAACUAGCACCUGCAUCCGAAGCUGAAAACACCAAAGUCCGUCCUCCAAAUGGCGAGAUGUCUACCAAGAUCAAGGAAACUUUGUUCGCUGAACCUUUCGUCACGCUGCCGCUUCAAAAGUCCCCGACGAUUCCAACCGCUGCUACAGGUAUCAAAGAGGCUGUUCAUCCCGAAGAUCUUCUGGCCGAGGAUAGAAACCAUGAGAUCACAUGUGGCUCUUUGGAGCGGGAGCGGGAGCGCGAGAACACAGUAUGGGUUGUCACAAAGAGACGUGGUAAAUUAGGAGACAUAGCUUCUCCUUCCUCUCCUCCUACAGUAUCACAUCUUGCUAAACAAGAACGAAUCGCAAGACAACGGAAAGAAAUGUCGGACAAGGUAGCCCCUGAAGGCCAUCAUGUUCAAGACAAGUACGAGUCGAAGUUUUUCAAGUCCGCCGAGACUGGGAUAACGCACGGGUGCUUGUUUCAUCCCGACCGUGAAUUCAUCCAUGCCAUACGAAAAGUGGCUUCUGGAGCCACCGUGCAGUCAGUCAUUGAGCAAAGAAACUUGGAUGUCACGGAAAGCGACCUCGUGAAAUAUAUGGCCAUCUUUUGCUCCAGGGCCAUCACAGCCGCUUCUGGUCAGUGUGGCGAUGAGACCGACAAUGCCACCGACGAUGGAAAAGAUAAAGAUGUGAAUGGACAGAACAUGGAGGUCGGCGACUCUGUUGAGAAAUAUCCGGGAUUCGAUGAAAUUGCCGGAGAGCUCCAAUGUAAGGCAGGACUCAUACAGCUUGAAGCUAAGGAAGCUGAAAAGUCUCAUCGCCGCCUAGUUUGGUUGUACCUCAUACUCUUCUUCGUGACAACACCACACUUGGGAUGGAGCGUGAAGAUCAUGAUACGAGUGGCUGCAAAGUUCAUGUUUUGA